AUGCAAUUGCAAAAGCUUCUCCGUCUCCUCACGGCGGCAGCGUUGUUCACGACGCCAGAUGCCGCAACAGUGCGACGAGCUGAUUCCAACAUCAUCUCUGCUCGCCAAGAUGCAGGCACAAACCUUGUUUUCUGUCAUUUCAUGAUUGGUAUUGUCGGCGCCCGUACCAGCGCAGCCGAUUAUGAUGCCGACAUGAAGCGAGCCAAAGCUGCUGGCAUCGACGCUUUCGCUCUGAACAUUGGUGUUGAUCCGUAUACCGACGCGCAACUCCAGCUUGCAUAUGAAUCGGCUGCCAAUAACGACAUGAAGGUUUUUAUUUCCUUCGACUUUAACUGGUUCCACACCAAUGAAGCCUCCCGCGUUGGCCAAAUGAUUGCGACGUAUGGCUCCAAGCCAGCACAGCUCAAGGUCGACAACAAGGUGUUCGCAUCGUCAUUCGCGGGUGACGGUUUAGAUGUCAGUGCUCUUCGACAAGCCGCAGGAGUUGAUGUCUUCUGGGCGCCAAACUUCCACCCCGAGCAAGGCACCGAUUUCAGUGCCAUAGACGGCGCGUUGAACUGGAUGGGCUGGGACAACAAUGGCAACAACAAAGCACCCAGCCCCGGUGCCAAUGUCAGUGUCCAGGAUGGUGACAAUGCCUAUAACAAGGCUCUUGCUGGAAAGCCCUACAUCGCCCCUGUCUCACCCUGGUUCUCUACGCACUUUGGCGCCGAGGUUCCCUACUCCAAGAACUGGGUGUUCCCGGGAGACUUCCUCUGGUACGACCGGUGGCAGGAGAUUCUCAAGCUACAGCCUCGCUUCCUCGAAAUGGUGACCUGGAACGACUACGGUGAGAGCCACUACAUUGGUCGCUUGGACAGUCCUCACGGUGACGAUGGAAACUCCAAAUGGGUGUAUGGCUUCCCCCACAAUGGCUGGUUGGACAUGGCCGUUCCCUUUAUUGCUGCGUAUCACGAUGGCGCUUCUGACCCAGCUCCGUACAUCAAAGACGACAAGAUUGUUUAUUGGUUCCGUCCUACCCUCAAGAGUCUGGACUGCGAUGCCACGGAUACCACCAUGGGCGAUGCCAACAACUCCAGCGGAAACUACUUCAAGGGCAGACCAAAUGGAUACGAAACCAUGGAAGACAAGGUCUUUGUUGUGACAUUGCUGAAGGAAGCGGGAUCUCUUGAGAUGACAGCUGGAGGCAAGACUCAAACGGUAGAUGCUCCUGCUGGUGCUGCCAAAUUCUCCAUUGACAUGGCUCCUGGUCCGGUUUCCUUCAAGCUCACACGUGGUGGUUCUUCGGUCCUGGAGGGCAAGGCUGGUAUGGAAGUCUUGGACCACUGCCCUUGUGGUAUCUACAAUUUCAACGCAUACGUUGGUACCCUUCCUGCUGGUGACGGCGACGAACUUCAGCCUGCUGGAUAUGCUUCCAUUUCUGCCGGUCUCAAGGUGAGCACUUGCGGUCCUAAUGGAAUGAAGGCUACAAAUGCGCCAGCCCAGGUUGCGCCGGCGGAGGCAACGCCAACAGCGUAG